ACGAGGGCACAGAGCUGGUAAGCCGUGCGGGGCCUGGGUACCCGCCCGGCCUCUCCAGGGGCUGUGUGGAUUCGGGGGACUUUGGAGCCGGGCAUUACGAGAGACAUUUCAGAGCCCUUGCCGACCUCACCAUGCCAGUGGCUGCCACCAACUCUGAGACUGCCAUGCAGCAAGUCCUGGACAACCUGGGAUCCCUCCCCAACGCCACAGGCGCUGCAGAACUGGACCUGAUAUUCCUUCGAGGGAUUAUGGAAAGUCCCAUAGUAAGAUCCCUGGCCAAGGCCCAUGAGCGGCUGGAGGAGACGAAGCUAGAGGCUGUGCGGGACAACAACCUGGAGCUAGUGCAGGAGAUCCUGCGCGACCUGGCGCAGCUGGCGGAGCAGAGCAGCACAGCGGCGGAGCUGGCCCGCAUCCUCCAGGAGCCCCACUUCCAGGUUUCCGCCCUGGGCUGGGGUGGCGACUGGGGGAGGGGCUGGCAGGAAGUUAGAGCCAGGAUAGGGAAGGGACUGCAGAGCACUGCCCCAUGGUCCCUCCUCUUUCCACCACUUCCUCAGUCCCUCCUGGAGACACACGACUCUGUGGCCUCCAAGACCUAUGAGACACCGCCCCCCAGCCCCGGCCUGGACCCGACGUUCAGCAACCAGCCCGUACCCCCUGACGCGGUGCGCAUGGUGGGCAUCCGCAAGACUGCUGGAGAGCAUCUGGGCGUGACGUUCCGCGUGGAGGGCGGCGAGUUGGUGAUCGCGCGCAUUCUGCACGGGGGCAUGGUGGCUCAGCAAGGCCUGCUGCACGUGGGCGACAUCAUCAAGGAGGUGAACGGGCAGCCGGUGGGCAGCGACCCCCGCGCGCUGCAGGAGCUCCUGCGCAGCGCCAGCGGCAGCGUCAUCCUCAAGAUCCUGCCCAGCUACCAGGAGCCUCAUCUGCCCCGCCAGGUAUUUGUGAAAUGCCACUUUGACUAUGACCCCGCCCGAGACAGCCUCAUCCCCUGCAAGGAAGCGGGCCUGCGCUUCAACGCUGGGGACUUGCUCCAGAUUGUAAACCAGGACGACGCCAACUGGUGGCAGGCGUGCCAUGUAGAAGGGGGCAGCGCGGGGCUCAUCCCCAGCCAGCUGCUGGAGGAGAAGCGGAAAGCCUUCGUCAAGCGGGACCUGGAGCUGACACCCACCUCAGGGACCUUAUGUGGCAGCCUUUCAGGAAAGAAAAAGAAGCGAAUGAUGUAUUUGACCACCAAGAAUGCAGAGUUUGACCGCCACGAACUGCUCAUUUAUGAGGAGGUGGCCCGCAUGCCCCCCUUCCGCCGGAAAACCCUGGUGCUGAUCGGGGCUCAGGGUGUGGGCCGGCGCAGCCUGAAGAACAAGCUCAUCAUGUGGGAUCCAGACCGCUAUGGCACCACGGUGCCCUACACGUCCCGGCGGCCCAAGGACUCAGAGCGGGAGGGCCAGGGUUAUAGCUUUGUGUCCCGCGCGGAGAUGGAGGCUGACAUCCGUGCUGGGCGCUACCUGGAACAUGGCGAGUAUGAGGGCAACCUGUAUGGCACACGGAUCGACUCCAUCCGGGGCGUGGUAGCUGCCGGCAAGGUGUGCGUGCUGGACGUCAACCCCCAGGCAGUGAAGGUGCUGAGAACAGCUGAGUUCGUCCCUUACGUGGUGUUCAUCGAGGCCCCUGACUUUGAGACCCUGCGGGCCAUGAACCGGGCUGCGCUGGAGAGCGGAGUGUCCACCAAGCAGCUCACGGAGGUGGACCUGAGACGGACAGUGGAGGAGAGCAGCCGCAUCCAGAGGGGCUACGGGCACUACUUCGACCUCAGCCUAGUCAACAGCAACCUGGAGAGGACCUUCCAUGAGCUGCAGGCUGCCAUGGAGAAGCUGCGGACCGAGCCCCAGUGGGUGCCCGUCAGCUGGGUGUACUGAGCCUGAUCACCCGGACCUCGCACCCUCUGGGUUGUCACCCAGAACCCUGAAUCCAUCUCUUUCCCAUCCGUGACCCCCAGCCACGACCUUAGCUCCCAUCCCUGGCCCUCUGGCUCUCCCUGGGUUAUGGCUCGUAGCGGGCCCUAAGUCUGGCUUCAGCGCAGAGACAUGCACUGCCGGGGAGGUGGGUGUUCAUGGGGUACCUCUAUGCCCAGGUGCUGCCCACUCCCAAUGCCCAUGGGCCACCACAUGUCCCUCUCUGAGGGCCAUCCUGCACCCAGGAGUGUGUCAGAGUCACCUCCAUAAUGCUCAGUCCAGAGAGAAAAACUGCUUUGGGACCGUGUGGUCAGUAGGUUCACUGCCCCCUGCCAUCUCUCUCCAGUCACAUUUUCUCCUCUGGACUGGCCACACCCACCCUAUUCCUGGGCUCCUCCCGCCUCACCCCUGUGGCCUAGGAGCAGGCCUUAGGCUGUUUCCAUGUGGUCAGGGGAGUGUGUGGCCCCCUGGCAGCCAAGCAGGCCCGGGCAGUGGUGCCAGCCUGAUG